AUGGGGAAAGGCGAUGGCAAGUGGGGCAAGAAAGGCGAUGGGCUUGGCGGGCCGGGCGGCCCUGGAGUGGGCCCCGGCGCAGCUGCCUGGAAGGGGCUUGCGAAAUGGGGUGGCAAGGGAGACAAAAGUGAGAAGGGUAAUUGGAUUUCUCAGCCCGAGGAUGGGCCGGAGUUGAAAAGGCCACGGAUGGAUGCCAUGGGCCCUGAAUUCUCCUUGAAAGGCAGGGAUGGAGGGAAGGGCCUGGGCAAAGGCUUGGCUCCAGGCCUUGCCAAGGGCCAAAUGGUGCCACCGGGCCUCGCCAUGGGCACCAUGCCGGGUGGCAAAGGUCUAGCUGGUCCUGGUGGGUUGAUGCCCGUGUUACCACCGGCUCCCUUGCAUACGGGCUUGCUCCCGCCUGGGCACACAGCACCAGCCAUGGCCAAGUCGGCGGCUGCGGGCGCAGGGCCUCCAGGAAAGCUCGUCCUCCUAGCCCCUGCCACGAAGCACAUCACGCCGGUCUCCAGUAAAACGGCGUCCACCAACAACAAGAAGAUUGCCAUGGAGCUGCUUGCAUGCGGUGGAACAUACAGCCUGCUGGCCAGCAUGGUCCGCAGACAGGAGCUCUUUGUGCCCAUGCUGGGCAUCUGGGUGGCCUCGUUUGGUGGGGCGCUCCAUGCACAAAUAGGAAAUUUCGGCAUCAUUCGCACUGCUGGUGUUCUGCUCGUGUCUCCGCUGUACGGUUGGCUGCUGGACAGACGAUCGGCUUAUCUGCCAGCUGUGCUCUCGGCCUUUUGCUGCACUUUUGGCUGCCUGAUGCAUGGCUUUGCACCUGACGUUGCUGGUCUCUAUUUCGCCAGUGUCGUCUUAGCCUUGGGUGCCGUCAACUUCUGGAAUGUUGUUGGGGCAUAUGUCGCAUUGGCAACACCGCGGGAACAGCGACAUGUCGUCGUCACGGGCUUCCAAGUGCAGGUGGCAACCCUGAGACUCAUCGGCACCUCGCUCUACCCUGCGGUGGACUCACUCCUCAAAGCUGUGGGAAUUGAGCAGAAGCUGCUGCGGUACAGGAUCCACAUGAGCGAGUGCAGCAUCUUUUGCGUGUUCGCCUUCGUGUAUCUGGUGGUUCGGUUUCAGCCCGCAGCAUGGGUCGAGGAUGAGGACAGAACGGGCGAAUCCAAGAAAGCGGAGCAGCCUGUGAAGUAUUCACAGAUCAUGCUUCUCCUGGUCACCAGCGUCAUCCAGACCUUCGGUGAGACCGUCAUUACCGUGCUCUGGCCGCUUCACAUACGCAAGCUGGGGUUGGGUUCUCAUGACUACGCCUGGCUCCAACUACUGUCACAGUUGUUGAUCAUUCUGAGCACCCUCGGCUACCCUCCGCUGACACGGCUUCUGGGCCAUCGAGCAACUGCCAGCUCUUUGCCAAUGAUUGCCAGUGCCACCUCUGCACUGGCUUUUCUGCAACCAGAUGCUUCCCUUUACGGCCAGCUGGUGCACAUCUCGAAUGUCCUGACUUUUCUGGCAGUCUGCGGAACUAUGAAGGUGUGCUACCAGCACUUGACGACACUCGCUGUACCAGCUUCCCAGCAGGGGCGUGUCUUCUCCUUGCUGAAUGUCUUGGGGUCUGUUGGAAACAUUGCUGGAAACCUUGUUGCAACACGCUUUUCCGAGCACGAGACGUCCUUCACCUCAAAAGGUGCCACUCCCUUUCUGGUUACCUCCUCCCUGUUCUGCACCGUUGGUUGCGCCAUCGUCGGCGUAUUGUGCGCGCCGAUCGAGGACGGCAUCAGCAAGAAAGCCAUUCUCCAAACUCUCGCCGAGUCGCCGGGCACCGCUCCGGGCAUGGCAGUGCUCGGAAGCGGGCCGUUGCCUCCGCCCCCGCCAGCCUCCAUGAUGCCGCCGGGACAGGCCAUGAUGUCACCACUAGCGCAGGCCUCUGCUCCGGCCUGGACUGGCGUCAUCACGCUGGCCCGGAAUAUGGCAAAGAAGACUCCCUUCAGGGCUGCCCUGAUCCAGGGCAAGGUGGCAGAUGUGGAGAUAGAAGCCAUGGGCUCGGUCUUCGGGACAGGUGCAGCAGCCGCAGAGUCAACCGAGUCGGCAGAAAUGCCGCCCUCCUCGGCAGCAGGCCCUGCGAUUUCCGGGGGCGGCGCUCCCGGCAUUUCUGACGCACCGCGCUGGUUGCGUCGAGUGCGGUGCGCCGUACCGCUUCCAGCCCCCACUAAGCAGGCCACAGCCCUUCAUAGCAGCCCUGGCCGAGUUCUUCGGCCGAACAGCGGCCUGGUCUUCGCCCGCUGCGUCUUCUCCGCCCCCAGCGCUCCAGAUGGCCCCUGCAUCGCGGUUGAGCGUGCCUUGGUCGACACGGGCUCUUCCGACUGCGAGCUGAGGGAAGGCUUGCUGAGGCGACUUCCGGAGUUGCCUAUCGUGGAGAGAGGGGUCAUGUACGAGACCUCAACUGGCGGAGAGGCCUACGAUGCUUACGAGGUGGUGGUGACCAUUGAUGGCCAUCGAUGUGCCGCCGUGCUCACUGUUGUGCCGGAGGAGCGAUUCCAGGCAGGUGCUGAGGAGCCCUGCUCAGAUGAGGCUCUGCUUGGGCACAUGGCCAUUGCAGCCCUGGGCUUAAUGGUCGACUGCCCUACACGAAGGCUGGUGCCCAAGGCACCCGAACCAGGAGGCGAGCAGCCCAACCAUGGAACGCCGACGUACCUGGAGAUGGGCCAGCUGCAUGUUGCCAGCUCACGGCCGUGGGCUGCUCUCCCGCCCUCAGCUCCCUUCGUGGGACCGCUGAGCCAGAUGUGGUCGUCUUACCGGCACGGUCAGGCUGCGCUACAGCCGCGAUGGCUUCCAGGUACCGGCUGUGCGAUGCCACUCAUGUUGGAGGAUCUGCCAAAGGUCGCGGAUGCCCAGCCCUGUGACGUGGAUCCGCACGGGUCACCAAUUAUUCCCGUGACGUACGUGCAUUGCAUGUUCAUGUCCCCCUUCACGCCGGAAAAGGGUGGCUCCUUUGUGAACAUGGCCUUGGUGGACACGGGCUCUUCAGACUGCGAGCUGAGAGAAAGCUAUCUGAAGAAGCUGGGACCACUUCCGACUGUCGCCGCAGGGGUCGUGUAUGAGACGGUGGCUGGGAGGCAUGUCUUCGACUCCUACGAGGUGCUGGUUGCCGUAGGGGACCGAGUUUCUGCCGUGGCCGUGACGGGCAUCCCAGAGGAGCGUUUUCAGCCGGGCACAGAGGAUCCAGCUUCAGAUGAGGACAUCACUCACCGCGUCCCCUUCGACGAAGUAGCGAAGAAGGUUGCAAGCGGUUCUAUCCUUUCUCUCGUACCGAAUAGCAUCAUGGAGCAGGCAAGCUUCGAAGAGUACAACAAGUACUUCCGUGCGAAGAGUCGGGCAGGAGUGGCCAGACUCGAUGGUUCAUUGGCCUUGUAUGUCAUGCCCUGCGGCGAGGACAUUCUGGCUCUCAAGGACUCCCUCUAUGCCCUGGGACCUCACAUUCCCAGAGCGGGAUGCCUCAUAGGCUUAAUCGCCCCUGGUACUGCUGCUGUCAAUGCGGCGCCAGCCACGGCUGCCCCAGUGGGUACGGCCACAGCCAGUAAACCGCCGAAGCAGGUUUACCUUGCCAUCGGGAAGGGGUGUUAUGGCUUCUCUGUCGACACGGCCCUGGUGAGUCACCUUUGGAGCUACGAGGGUUUUGCUGAGGACACUCGUGUGGUGGUAGAAGGUUCCCACGGCUUCUUGGCAGUGUCUUCGGGUCGAAGCAUUCAUAUUCUGGACGCCAACUCCCCGGCCAAGCCACGUGUUUCCUGGCCAGAUGCCCACCAGGACACGAUCUACUCUAUGCACUUCAACUACGAGACGGGUCUCAUCUUCAGCUCUGGCAAGGACUGUUGCAUCAAAGCCUGGGAGAUCGAUGGUGAGGAACUCUCCCUGCAUGGCUCCUACCCGGAAGCGCACAGAGACUUUGUCGUGGCCCUGCAGUUUCACUCCAGCAGCAGGCUUCUCAUCUCUGCAGGGCUAGAUGGUCUUGUUCGCGCAUGGCGCAUCGCAAGCACGGGUGCGUUCGCAUUGCUUGCUACAUCUGCCGAUGCCCAUCCGGAGGGUAUAACGGCCCUGUGUACAAACAUGGCGCAGAAUGUGAUGGUUAGCUCUGGCAGGGAUGGGAACCUUCGGCUGUGGAGCUAUAGACCUGGUCGACUUCGCCUUAUGGAUAGCGAGGUGGACGUGCAUGCAGGCUGGGCAAGAUGCCUGGAAUUCGAUGAAGCGUCUGGCCUUGUGGUCAGCGCUGGGGAUGAUGGAGCCAUCAAAGCGUUCGGCUUCAAGGAUGGCAAGUUCAGCUGCUGCAUCAGUGCCGCCAAUGCGCAUGAUGCUGGUAUCCUUGCACUGCAACUCUGUGCCAAGACGAUGUGCUUGCUGAGUGCUGAUGAGAAUGGCGCUAUCAAGAUGUGGGAGCUGUCUGCUGUUGCUGGCGAGCUUGUGCUCAAGGCCAGCAUCGAAAAGGCUCACGAUGGAGGUGCAGUGUCGCACAUGCAGUUUUGCUCGCAGCGUAAGUUGCUCCUGAGUGCCGGUUCAGAUAAUUGCCUCCGAGCGUGGCUCUGGCAUCCGGAUGGUCUACAAGCUGUGGCCUCCGCAGCAGCGGAAGGUGGAGGCAUCCUGGCACUUCAGCUUGAUGCUUCGGCUGGAAUCGGCUAUUCCGCAGACGUCGAUGGCGGAAUCAGUGCCUGGAAGAUUGAGAUCGGAGCUGGAAGUCUGACGCGAAUUACAAAGAAGGCCAACGCUCACAGUGGCCGGAUUCUGGCUUUCAACUUCGAUGCUGCUUCAAAGUUGCUGCUCACGGCAGGUGUGGACAAGGCCGUCUGUAUGUGGCAGCUGGAUGCAAGCGAAAGGAUCGUGAUGGUUUGCCGAUCAAGCCAGGUACUCCAAGCUGGCGUCCUGGCCUUGGCGUAUGAUGCCGUGACAGGAAUUGUUAUUGCGGCGGGAAUGUCCAGCGAAAUCAAUGCCUGGCGGCACAGUGGGGACUCCCUGAAGCCGCUGCCUUUGGACAGGGAGCCCGAUCAGGGAGAGGGCCUCCUCGUCCUGCGUCUCGAUGCGGCCUCCAAGGUGGUGCUGGGCGGAGGCAUGGACGGCUCAGUCCGCGCCUGGCGUUUGGAGCUCGCCGCCCUGGAGCGGGUGGGUCAGCCGGUCCGGGCACACCAGGGUUGGGUCCGUGCGCUCCACUACGACGUGGACAACGAGGUGCUGGUCAGCUGUGGCGAUGACGGCCAUGUGAAGGCUUGGAGGCGCCAGGGCGUGGCUUUGGCAGAAACGGGCACGGCGCUGCAUGCCCAUCCGGAUGGCGUGCGAGGAGUCUUGGUCAACGGCCGGCGGCGGCUGGUGUUGAGCUGUGGCGACAACGGCAUGGUCAAGGCAUUUGAGCCAGAGGAGUGGGGGCUUGAAGCCUGCCCCGAUGGUUUGCACGAGCAUGGUUCGCCUGUCUUCAACCUCCAAUACUUCGUGAAGCCGCGCCUGCUCAUGAGUUGUGGUAUGGAUGGAGGCAUAAGGGCGUGGCAGACGGAUCCGGCCACCGGGCGCUUGCGACUGCUAGCGCAGGAGACAGACAACAAGCAGCCAACGCUGGCGAUGAAGUUCGAGCCAAAGAACGGAACGCUUUUCACGUCUGGCCUCGAUGGUUCCAUUCAUGCUUGGAGGCUGGACCAAAACCGGAUCUCGCCCAUCACAACCGUGGCAGAGGCUCACGAAGGCUCCAUCCGCACGAUGUACCUGGACCGGCGUGCCAAUCUGCUGCACACCGCCGGGGAAGACGGGGCCCUCAGGGCCUGGCAGCUCAAGGGAGACGACCUACAUCAGGUCGCCGAGUUCCAGGAAGCAGAGCCAAGCGGCUUCCAGGUCAUCGCAGCCCACAGUGGAACGAGGCGCCUCGUGGCAGCGAGCGCAGAUCGUGGGCUCAGCGUGUGGCAGCUUCAAGGUAACACCUACCGGCUUCUGUUCAAGGUCGAGGAAGCACAUGUGAAUGUGAUCAACUGCCUUCAGUUCGACGGCGAGAUGGACACUGUUUUCACUGGCUGCCACUCCAUCCGAGUGUGGAAGAUCGCGGGCUCCUUGAAGCAACUCCUGAACUUGACGGAGCCCUUCGGAAAGUCGACAUCCAUUACUGCCAUUCGGUAUCGCCCGAGUGGAGGCCUUCUCUUCGGCUGUGGCUCCACAGGCUCGAUCUCAGUCUGGCACUACUCCGAACCCGAGCUUGUCUUGCUCUUGAGCGUCCAGAGCGCACACAGCCGCGGCAUAGUCUCCAUCGUGCUUUGCCCAGAGCAUGGGCUCCUUUUCACAGGGGGCAACGACAAGGUGUUGAAAAGCUGGCACCUCCGAGGCGGUCUCAAAGCCAAGGGACACGCCAUGGAGUCCGGAACAAAGCGGCCUUUUUCGGCAUGCCCUGCCCCAUUGGCCUAA